UCAGGGAAAUCAGAGAGUUACUUCUUUCUGCCGGUGAAACUUGUCGUAUGUUUCCAUGUUCAUACCGUGUACACACCGUCACAAGCAUAUGUGGCACCCAGAUACAAUCGAACUCGGAGUAUUGACACCGAACACUCACCCUCGCUAACUGGUGAAAAACUCGCUCGUCAUGUCGGAUAGCCUUGUUGUCCCGUGUUCAGAAAACUAGGCCAAUGCAGGCUUCAAGUCUUUCCGCCGUAUCCUCAAAGAGGAAUAUGGCGGGGAACACACUGGUUGAGGAUCCGGGAAUUCCUCUGGUCGGACGACGGAAAGGCAAGUUCGCCAAAUACGUAGACGAAGACAGUAUGAGUCAGUCAAGCAAUGGUCCCCUGUCCCCAGCUGUAACGAGAUUCGACAACAUCAGCUACAAGCUAAGUCGGAGGAAAAAACUUCUGAAUAGACGUCGGAUGAUUGUAAAUCUGGAGUUCACGCUCGCCAUGGUUGGAAUAAUCUUGAUGUUCGUGGAAACCGAGUUGUUCCUGAACAAAGUCUACAGUAAGAGGUCCGUUGCUUCUCUCGUCAUUAAAUCUGGCAUCUCAAUCAGCACUCUCUUCCUCCUUUUCGCGGUAGUUGCCUACCAUGUCACUGGCAUCCAAAUAAACCAGACUGACAAUGGCCUGGACGACUGGAGGCUUGCUGUGACACGUCUUACAUACGUGAGGAUAUUCGUUGAACUCGCUGUCUGCGCUAUCCAUCCAUUCCCUGGUCGAAUAGUCCUGGGUUAUUUCGACACGAAGGGCAAUGCAACAGAGGUAUCUAUAGACGCCGUGCUGUCAAUACUGAUGCUGAUGAGGUUGUAUCUUGUAGCCAAGCUGUUGGUGGUCCACAGUCGUCUUCUCACAGACACGUCUACUCAAAGUCUCGGUGCGCUUAACAAAGUCAAGAUCAACACGGUGUUUGUAUUCAAAGCUCUAAUGUCGGAGAAGCCAGGCACGAUGUUAAUUGCUAUCAUGUGUAUCAUAUUUGUCGUCAACAGCUGGGCGCUACGUACCUGCGAAGGAUACUACCACCCCGACCACGAACACACUAACUUCCGGAACGCUAUGUGGGUGAUCGCCAUCACGUUCCUGACAGUUGGAUACGGCGAUAUAACCCCGAACAGUGACUGUGGGAGGUUUAUUGCAGUUACAACCGGUCUGAUGGGGGUCGGCACCACGGCUCUCUUGGUAGCUGUCCUGGCUCAGAAGCUGGAGCAGACGAGAGCUGAGAAGUACGUCCACAACUUCGUCACAAGGAUACAGCUGGAUAAGAGGAGGAAGAACGCUGCAGCUGACGUCAUCAAGAACCUGCUGAUGUUAUGGAGACUCAAACGAAAGGGAAACGUCUCGGACUACCAACAUCGCCGAGCCUACGGAAAGCUUCUCAAAGCCAUCCAUUCCAUGAGGAACGCCAAGAACGAGAGGUUGAUGGUCGGAGAGAAUGCUGUUGGUGUCAUAGAAAUCUCCAAAGGAGUAAAUGAUGUUUUUGAAUUAGUUGAAACUAUGGACACGGAGCAGAAGGAUGUCAAGACGAGAGUGGAGGCCAUGGAGGAAAAACUGGGACGGAUAGACAACAAACUGGAGGCCAUUCAUCAGGCAGUAGUUAGAAAGUGAGAGCCCAUGAACAAAUAUCGGAAUUUACCAAGAAGUGUGACUACGGUCUCCAGGGUUGGUCGAGCCUUGAAGAUCAGUCUGAGCGAUCACAAGGCGUGAGGUAUUAAUAUUCUGGAUUUUAAGGAAACAAAUGUCAUCGAAAUAAAUCCUUCGUUGUAUGUAUAAUACAACUGGGAUUUUUUAUCACUCUGUACUUGUAAUAGUUACUUUGGUUUUGUGGAUGAUAGCUCCGAACCAAUCACUGGAAGAUUAUCUGCUCACGUAAAAAGUACGGACCUCCAAUGAUUCCUUGAGCUACGACUGAAAUCUACACAAAUACAAAGAGUUCAAGGAUCACUAGAUGGAUCUACGAAGGACAUCCACCAUACGGUUCAAUGUUUACUUGAACUAUGAAGGAUAUUUACUCAGUUUGGGAAUCAACAAUUAGUUGAUAUAUUAAAGACAUCAACACAAUAGUGGCUUCAAGCAUUACAUAACCUAUGACGAACAUCUACAGUACAAGGUUCGAGGGUGACGUUCGAGAAGGAAGGGUUCAAGGACCUUGAUCCACGAAGGACACAUACACAGUACAGAAUUCAAGGUGUACUUGAUCUGUACAGUAAAGCAUUACACGGAUAAUUUGAUCUAUGGAGGACUUAAAUGUAAGAGCUUCACGGAUCUCUGGACAUACGACAGACAUCUAGACAGUAAACGGCUCCAAGAAAGAGGGACGGUAAAACCAUCAUCUCUCCUGAAACAGAGACAGUCUUUCAGUGUUUCCAGCAAUGGUACUGACUUGGAUUACUACGACAUAAA